UAACUGUUUUGUUUAAAGGUAUUUUAGUAUCAUUUUAAACAUUUUAUCCGCACAACUAUCUCUCGGUUGGUGAAUUUCUACGAGGAGAAUGAUAAAAAGCAGUGUUUGCCUUUGCGUGAUGAGUCUGUUGGGAAUUAAACCUAUUGCAUCUGUUCCAUGUAUAAUUCGCUCAUCAAGGUGCCUCGCAAUCAACAAUUCUGAAACCAUAUGUGUCUCCUUCUUCAAUGGGACUGGUCUGGACUGGUUUCAAGCUAAGAGCAAGUGUGAGGCGGAUGGAGGACGUCUGGCACAUCUCGGAAACUACAGCGCCGAGAAUGGAUUAAUAACUACUGCAUCAAGAGAGGGAGCGAGUCAUGUUCGUGUUGGAGUUAUGACAUCAGUUCGGGGAGAUGAUUUGACAUUUAUGACAAAUACUAGCGACCUCAAAUGCACGAACACGAUUUCGCAACAUUGUUCUUCGACGACGUCACCAUCCGAAUGCGCUGCGUUGGGAUGUUGUUUCAACGGUUGCAUUUGCCAAUAUCCAGAAAAUCAAUUUGUUGCAUCAGUUGAUUUGAAUUUCACUCGCCUACCAAGUCCGAUUGUAACUGAGCGUUCAGGCGUUCAAUUGAACAGCAAUCAUACGUGGAGUCCAUUCAACUGUUCAGAACCCGGUGGUAUUGAAACGGUCUACGCAUGUGAGCGCAAAUGUUCAGCAAACUGGCCCAUCGAAACAUACCAAAACGUUACCUGGAUCGCUCCUGUGACAUCGUCUCCUCUGACGCCGAAAUGUACUACACCUUUACCAUCACCUUAUAUAGACGGAGUAGCUACGGCUGGAGAUACCUCUGCCAAAAUUCAACAUACAACUGCUCCUCGUGUUAUUGAAACUGCGACGGACGGCAGUCAGAGCGUCGCCUGUCAAUUCAACGUCCAGGUGCGUUGGCUCAUGAUAUUGAUGGCAAUGUCGACAGUGCGUUCUUGAAUAACAUAUGUCAACUCUUCUGUUUGAUAUUUCAAAUGUUAAUAAGCUUUCGGCAAAUGUGUUUAUUUCAAUAAUACAUUUAUGGAUGUGACAUUAACGUUCUAUCUAGUUUGAACAUCACAUUGAAAGUACGUACAUGUACUUCUUCCAAGAUAUAUAUAUUAUAUUGUUAAAUGUAAAAAUUCUUCUUCAUAACUUAAUCAUAAACACGUAAAUAAAUCUAUCAAAAUUA